AUGAAGACGGCUGUCGGCUGGCUCCGACAGCAAGUCGUUCCAGAACCUCCGAUAGUCACACAGAGAAUCACGCAAACAUAUCCACCGAUCCUAUCACAACCCAAAAACCUCCUCGAUGACCAGCUCUGUCCACCUCUCCAGCUCUGGAUUAGGGUCGUCUCGGCAGACCUCAGACAAGUGCGAUCCUGGGCUCCAGAUCACCCCGUCAACAUGGCUCUCACGAUGCUCUGGGGACGUCACACAUCAUUGGAGACUCUUCAAAAGGCGCUCCUUGUCGAGAAAUUCUUUGCUGGAGUCGGCGAAAAUGCCAAAUGGAGACUAUACCUGGCAAUGUCUCGCAUCGCCCUCCAGGCUUAUGUACGUCAUUCUAGGCCAUUGCGUCUUUCUACUACCAAGCAACAGCUGACCCAUCUCGCAGAAGGAAAAGAGACGCCGCCGACGGCUGGAGAGGAGAAGGAUGAUGGAGUCCACGCCACCCCCGUCGAGGCCGCCACGGACAAGAGGAUUUAA